CCGAUAAGCGAUUGUCGAGUCCGCUUCUUUUUGGUUUAAAUUUAAUAACUUAAAUUUAAAACUAUCACCAUGUCGGGCCAACGAAAGGACAUGUGGAAGCUGCUAUACAAUCACGUAAACCGGAACGCUACCAACCUGGCCCAGGUGUACACGGUAAUUGAAGACAUACUCUGUCAGGAGCCGAGUCUCAUAAGCUGCUCCCUGGUGCGAGAACUGCACAAUAGGUUCCAGGAUACAUUUCUCCUGUGGCUGCUUAAUAAGUUGGCCAAGUGCCUGAGUGAAUCCGGGACUAGCAGCGAAUGCAUCAAGCUCCAGCAGAAAAUCCUGACUUCCUGUUGCUCCAAUCAUCCGAAGCUGUAUGAGCGUCUAGUGUUGGCCUAUGUGGAGGCCCUGCAAGAGAUUCAACUGCGUCUCAGCUCCUUGGACUACAGUAAGGGCCAAGAACAUGCCAACAAAGGCAUUACCAUAUCCGUUUUUAAAUGCGAUGUGGCUUGUCUUCAGGAGUUUGACCCACAGUGCGCACUGGAGGACAUCUACCUACCCGUGGAUAAAGCGGACAUGUUUGCUAAGCACUUGCUGACAGUUCUGCAGCAUGCCCAGCUUAUUGGACACUCCACGCAUGCUCAGAUAUUCUGUUCCAGCCUGCACCAAGCCCUGCUUAUUCUCAAAGAGUGCGAUAUGGACACGAAACUAGCUAGUCUGGACUAUUGCCACAAUGUCCUGCAGUCGCAAUCUGCUGUCAACUGGAAAAGAGAGCCAGAUGUGGCCCAUUACGCACAAUUGACGCUGGAGGCCAUCCUGGCUAUGUGGUCCAUGGUAGCUAAGUGGCUGGAGACUGGAUGCAUGUCCCGACUGGAACUGAAAGACCUGGACGAUGCCACCCAGAAACUCCUUCUAGUUCUUAAAGCGCACGGUGCAGGAACUCUACAGCUAGGAUACCUUCUUUUGAAUGAGGUUCUGGGACUGCCAGAAGAGGAAUGCAAUAGCUCUUUGCUGCAGAGUAUUAGCCAGUACAUCCAAGAGCUGCUGGACCGUUCCUUAAGCUCGCCGGAUCAGUUGGUCCUCUUGCAUGAGUUGGCCAAGAGCCAUUGGCGCUCGCACCCCUCUCACUUACUGCCCCUGAUGGCAUAUGUGGCUGUGAAAGCAACUGAUAGCCGAAAGCAAGUCAUCGAAUCUCUAACGCAAGCACUCGUGCCAAUCUUGGACAGGAAAGAAGUUUCGGGGAGCGAGUGGCGGGAAGUGAUCGAGACUUUAAAGGCUUUGAAGCAGCUGGAGCUGCUUAUCUUGAGGCAAUGUCAGGACAGUAUCGUAGAGCAGGAGGGUGAACUGAGCUUCUCUCUACUGGCCAAGCUACCAUUGCAAUGUGAACUUCCAAAAGACACAAACGUAAACUGGAACUCACUAUCCACGAAAUUACUUGAAAAAGAGAAAAAGUGCCGUACAGAGACGUUCCUAGAGGUAUGCUCCCUUUUAAUGCAGGUGACCUACAUCCGUCAAUCCUUGAAAUCCCAAACUCAACACCAGCUACUGGCUGUUCUGGAGCGGCACAUGGAAAUGUCCCAUCUGUAUGCAAUACGCUUGGAGACCCCGUCUAGUGCCCACACCCAGAUUAAAUCCUUCUACGCCCAGCACUUUCAGGACCUCAUUCGAUCCAAUGAAAAAAUUGACUUUUGGGAUAAUCUGCCACACUUGUAUAUUGCCGGUUAUGUCAAGCCGGAGCAAUUAUUAAAGUCUGUACCAGCCGCCGACCAAGCCGGACGACGUCAAGUCAUCCGUUUACUGAUCUGCUCAAGCGCGGGACCUCUAAGCGCUUUCAAAGUUAACGAAAGCAUUGAACUCUUCUGUCCAAAAUGUCAUCCUCUGCCCGAGAAGCUCCCUGGCACUUUCUUGGGCAAAACCAAACAGCAAUCAUUCGAUCUGGACUUCUCUAGUUCCAUCACUGAAACAAUAGCCAAAGAUUUGCUGUACCAAUCGGACUCGGAGUACCUUGCACAGCAUCUGGAUUCGUUGAGCAUCGAACCGACCAUGAUCCUGCGGCUACUAACAGAGACUAGGGACAUGCGGGAGCUCAAUGAAAAGAGCCUCAGUCUUGUGGUGCCUGUAAUGACUGCUCAGUCAUCGGAUUUCAUGCAGCAGUGGGCAACCUUCGUCUUGGAUGUCAUUAAAUCCAUGCUGGCCAAGCCAUUGGAGGACCAAGAAGUCCUAGAACAAAGAGCCCUGUUGCGGAUAAUAAUCGCCACUGCCUAUCCGGAGAUGGAAGAGCUCUGGCUGUUCCACUGGUUUAAGAUGACAUUUUUCUUGCUGGUGCACAUCCGCUCACUAGUGGCUCAGGAGGCAGUACUAGCCGCCACGGAGAUGUGCGCUAGCCAUGGCUUACAGACGAUCCACCUGUGGAACUGGUACCGGCGAGAUGCCCUCGACCUGGUUGUGCGCUUGGCUCUUACAGCAUAUCUAUCAGAUGGUGUGCGCUUCACCCGAUCUCUCAGAGCACUAACAAAAAUGCUGGGUUUCUCGUGCGUCCAAGAGUUCACUUGCAAGUACCAUCGCCUUCUGACCGCCAUGGUUCUGCCCCACUGCAUCGUGGAGCCACGUUGCAAAGGAGUUCUAGUGUUGAUAGCCAAGCAGCUACGAAAACCCAUCGCCACUCUAUUUGCGACUUCCUUCCUGCGGAUCUACACUCAUGUGUAUCUAACCGAAGACCCGGAGUUGGCCAACAACUGCAUCGAGCUGGUGGUCAGCUGCACCCAGUCCAGCUUGCAGCAGUUAAUGAAUGCUGAUGUGAAACAAACGGUGGCUGAGCUGCUGAUUUACUUCAAUCGGAAUCCCACUUUCGUGAUGCGCUCCUUCCAAAGCCUGCUGCAGGUUUCAACAGAGGAGGAGCUCUCCAGCCAAGCGGCAAAUGCGGAAUUCGCCACGUUUAUUGCUGAACGUUUUCUGGGCGUGAUUACCUUCUUCGAGAGCUGCCUGAGCGAACCGACGUUCGAGAAGCCGCUGAAGGAGGAGACCCUGUACAGCCUUGGGCAGAUCAUGCGCUUCGUGGGCUCCCAGCACGUGACGCAGUUCCGUUUCAAGAUCAUCGCCAUGCUAAGCUUCGUGCACACCCUGGAGGAGCCACGAUUGCAGCGCAUCUGCCUCAAGAUCUGGCACAUCUUCCUUCACGUGGUGAACAUGCAGGACUUGGGCCCGUCGCUGGGUAGGAUCGUGGCCACCUUGCUGCCGCUAUUGGCGGAUGGGGUGAGCGUGGAUCAGGUGAACGAACUGUACGAGUUCGUGAUUCUCCGUAAUGCCUCCAUGCUGGGAAACUACAUAGCAGACCUUUACUUUUUGGAGCGAAAUGAGAAAGUGUCGCCCGCCAUUAGGAAGUUCAUCCGACGACACACCGCUCAUCUGGAUUUUGGAGGAGGUGUGGACGAGGAAGGUCAAUCCCAACCAUCAGCCCAGUUGCUGGAGCAGCUACGUUUCUUGUACAAACACAUCACGGACGAGUGCCUUCAAGUGCGGGUCUAUGCCCUCCAGCACCUGGGCGAGCUCUUCGUCCGAAAACGAUCCCAACUCAACAGCACGAUCCUUAGCAGACUGCCGCUUGAGCCGUUGCUGGAGCAGAUCGUCAAUGUCCUGAUGGCGGGAUGCCAGCAUGACGACAGGCAGUUGCAGAUGGCGUCGGCCAAGUGCCUCGGCGAGCUUGGGGCCAUCGAUGCCAGCUAUCUGCCCUCGCAUUACAACUUCGCCGCUCCCCAGCAGCUGCCGCUGAAUGUUCUCUCCGAUGACUUUGCCGUUCUAGCCCUCACAGCUCUGUGCCGGGGAUACCAGUUCCAACAGAAGACCAAGCAUGUGGACAGCUUUUCGCUGGCCAUCCAAGAGACCCUGGCUGUGUGCGGCAUCUCGCCCAAGGAGAACAAGAAGGUGGAGCUCUGGCAGUCCCUGCCCGACCGCAUGCGUCAGGUAAUGGAACCGCUACUUCACUCCUGCUACACCAGCUGCCAGCGACCCAGCACCUGUACUCAGCAACCGUUGUUCGGAAGCCACUACUCCAACAACUUCUAUGAGGAGUGGGCCUUCCUCUGGGCCAGCCGCUUGAUCGACUACGUCCAAUCCUCGGAAACAAAACACCUGCUUAGCUCCUACAAGCCCAGCAUUAAGCGGGACGGCAACAUGCUAAGCACCUUCUAUCCAUACAUACUGCUCCACGCCCUGUUGGAGUGCUCGCCGGAGCAACGGGAGCACAUUGAAGAGGAGUUCCUGGCCGUUCUUCAGGCCAACGAACUGGGCUCGGGUUCAUCCUUAGUCAAAGGCCAACAGGAGCUGGGGGCCGUAAAGGAGAACGCCUUCAAGGUGUUCGAGUCCCGCAAGUACGCCGCAGGAACCAAACCCACAGCCGGGAGCUCAGUCCUGGAGCGAAAAGAAGACUCCAGCCAUGUUCCAAGGAUGGCUGGGAAGCUAUGCGCCGAACUAUUGGACUUUCUCCAGCGCUGGCUGCGAGAAUGGGAGAGGAUGCACGGGCGAAGCACCGGCGGCAAGCCUCCACAAACUGUAGAUCCCAACUACCGAAAGAUUUACGAGUUCCUGGCCCAGAUCCCCAAGCUGUUGGUGUCCCAUGCCAGCUACAACUGCGGAGAGUAUGCCAGAGCACUCAGCUAUCUGGAAAGCUAUCUGGAGGAGGAAGAGGGCGAGGAGAAGAGCAAGCGCUUUCUGGAGCAGUUCACGUUUCUGGUGGAGAUAUACGGAUCCCUCCGGGACUCUGAUUCCGUGGAGGGCGCUGUGCAAGUGCGCAACUCUGACAUGAGCGUGACCCAGGACAUACUCGUUAACCGUUUGGUGGAGCGGCAGCAGGACAUGAUUACCUGCUACGAGCAGCUUCUGUCAAGCACAGACCAGCUUCAGCCGGAACAUGUGCGUGCCAUGGUGGACGCCUACCUGAUGGACACCCCCAAGACCGCCCAGCUCAUAGCGGAUGGUUUGUGGCAGCGACUCUCGGAUCGCUAUUCGGAGCAGUGCUUUGUGGAAUGCAAAUCGGAGCUGCUGUGGCGCCUGGGUAGCUACGACGAGCUGGAGGAGCUCCAGUCGGGCCACAACUGGCCGGCCCAGUGCGCCCAGGGCUGUCUAGCCCUGCGUCAGCCCCUGACCACUUCCUCGCAGUUCGAGUCCCUACUGGAUGGAAUGCGGGGAUCGGUGCUGGAGCAGCUGCGCAACUGCUCCGCCAUGCAGCAGCACUCGUACGCCAAUGCCUACGAUGCCGUUCUAAAACUACACCUCGUCCAUGAGCUGCAGUGCAGUCAGCAGUUGGUGGAGCAACUGGAGGGCGAAACGCUAGAGGAAGCUCAAGAGCAACUGAUGUCCUCGUACUUCGACGACUGGCAGCACCGUUUGAGGGUUAUCCAGCCGCAGGUGCGCAUCCAAGAGCCCGUCUACAGUUUCCGGCGGAAUCUGUUAGCUGAGUUGCAGCGCCGCCUGACGGAUCGCAAGCACCUUCUUCCCCGUCUGCAAACGGAGCUGGCCAGGCUUUGGCUGCACAGUGCCCAGAUCAACCGGAAUGCUGGCCAACUCCAGCGAGCGCAGCUGUACAUCCUGAAGGCGGCGGAAUAUCAGCCCACAGGCCUGUUCCUCGAACGCGCCAAGCUCCUUUGGCAAAAGGGGGAUCAGGUGAUGGCCAUCAACUACCUGGAGGAGCAGCUGUCCAUCAUGCGCGACGCCUGCAAGGGCUACGUCAAGCAGCUGCCUCCUGACCAGCGGUAUCUUUACUUCCAGGGGAAGUACCUGCAGGCCGUCUACAGUGCCGAGUCCAUGCACUUGUGUGCCGACUCCGUGCUGAAGUAUUUCGAGGAGGCCAUCGCUGUGCAUCGUCAGUCAGAGAGCUGCUACGUUCAGUUGGCCCAGUUUCUGGAGAAGAUGCGCGAGGCCAAGCAGACGAGCAGCACGGGAAUCGACGACGUGUUGCUCCAGGUCUUGGUUAAUUACGCCAAGUCCCUUCGAUACGGCAGCGAGCACGUCUACCAGUCGAUGCCGCGCCUGAUCAGCCUCUGGCUGGACACCGCCGAGUCCUGCCCCAACCAGGACAUGAUCAAGAGGAUGAACGACUUGCUGACCAACUGCAGCAACGUCCUGCCAACGUCUAUGUUUUACACCGUGUUCUCCCAGAUGCUCAGUCGCCUCUGUCAUCCAUCCGCCGAGGUGUUCACCGUACUCCGCAACGUGAUCGUUCGCCUGGUCGAAGACUUCCCCCAACAGUCGCUCUGGAUGCUGUUGCCGCACUUUAAGUCCGCCACGGCCAACAGGAUCAAGCGCUCCAAGUUGAUACUCACCGACAGCCGUCUGCAGAACUCCGCUUUCCAGAAGCUCCUCCACGAUUUCAGUUGUCUGGCGGAGCGACUGAUGGAUGUAACCAACAAAGAGGUGACCCUGGACCGGAACUACAAGCUGAGCGAUCUGGACAAGCGCCUUACCAAGCUCUGCAACCAGGCUGACUUCUCUAACAUCUUGCUGCCCUUUGAGAAAUACAUGCAGCCCACCUUGCCCCUUAGCUCGGACGCCACGUGCUCGAAUCCGGUGCCUAUUCCAGCGAGCUCUACCGCGAAACCGAACCUGUUCCCUUACCAGCAGAUAUACAUCAACGGCUUUCAGGAGUCGGUCCUCAUCCUGCGCUCGGCGGCCAAGCCCAAGAAGCUCACCAUUCGUUGCAGCGACGGCCAGGACUACGAUGUGCUGGUUAAGCCCAAGGACGAUCUGCGUCGCGACGCUCGUCUGAUGGAGUUCAAUGGUCUGGUGAAGCGUUACUUGCAUCAAAAUGCACCGGCUAGGCAACGCCGCCUCCAUAUCCGCACCUACGCCGUGUUGCCCUUCAAUGAGGAAUGCGGCCUGGUGGAGUGGCUGCCCAAUUUGGCCUCCUACCGGAGUAUUGUGAUGAGCCUGUAUACGCAGCGGGGCCAAGCCAAGUCCAGCCGCCAGCUGCACCAGAUGGCAGUGCCCGUUCAUGACCCGCUGGAACGGAAACGAGACGUCUUUCUCAAUCAGCUACUGCCGGCCCAUCCGCCGGUCUUCCAGGAGUGGCUGCGCCAACGCUUCGCCACACCCCACAGCUGGUACGAGGCCCGGAACACUUACAUCCGCACCGUGGCCGUCAUGUCGAUGGUGGGCUACAUCCUUGGCUUGGGCGAUCGGCACGGAGAGAACAUCCUGUUCGAUGAGCGCAACGGCGACGCCGUUCAUGUGGACUUCAACUGCCUCUUUAAUCAGGGCGAACUGCUAGCCUAUCCCGAGGUGGUUCCCUUCCGCCUCACCCAGAACAUGAUCGCCGCCAUGGGUCCCUUGGGCGUGGAGGGCAGCUAUCGUAAGUGCUGCGAGAUCACCCUCCGUCUGCUCAAGCAGGAGACCAAGACCCUGAUGUCCAUGCUGAGACCGUUCGUAUAUGAUGUGGGAGCCCAGAUACGCCAUGGUGCCGCCACGGCCAAGAUAACCAGCGAUGUCCAGCGCAUCGCCGAUCGACUGCAGGGUCAUAUAAAGCGGCAGCAGGCCAACAGCAUUCCACUCUCCACGGAGGGACAGGUCAACUUUCUUAUAAACGAGGCCACCAAGGUGGAUAACCUGGCUGCCAUGUACAUUGGAUGGGGGGCGUUCCUUUAA